AUGGAUGUCAGUGACCUCAGGCUCAGGUUGUCCAGAGCUGGGCAGGAGCACCUCCUCCAGUUCUGGGACGAGCUGGACGGAGCCCAGCAGGCCGAGCUCUACGCAGAGCUCCAGGCCAUGAACUUCGAGGAACUGAAUGUCUUCUUCCAGAAGGCCACUGCGGAGUCCAGCCAGGCCUCUCAGCAGGAGAAGGUGGACGCGCGGAUGGAGCCUGUGCCCCGGGAGGUGCUGGGCAGUGCCACGAGGGACCACGGCCAGCUCCAGGCCUGGGAGAGUGAAGGACUUUUCCAGAUCUCCCAGAGCAAAGUGGCAGUUCUGCUUCUAGCUGGUGGCCAGGGGACCAGGCUCGGUGUUGCAUACCCCAAGGGGAUGUACGACGUUGGCUUACCGUCCCAUAAGACCCUUUUCCAGAUUCAGGCGGAGCGGAUCCUGAAGCUUCAGCGGUUGGCCGAGGGACGCCAUGGCACCAAGUGCACCAUCCCGUGGUACAUAAUGACCAGCGGCAGAACCAUGGGGUCCACCGAGGAAUUCUUCACCAAGCACAAGUACUUUGGUCUGAGGAAGGAGAGCGUCGUCUUCUUCCAGCAGGGGAUGCUGCCGGCUAUGAGUUUCGACGGGAAGGUCAUCCUGGAGGACAAGAGCAAGGUUUCCAUGGCUCCAGACGGGAACGGCGGCCUGUACCGGGCUCUGGCCGCCCAGGGCAUCGUGGAGGACAUGGAGCGGAGGGGCGUUGGGAGCGUCCACGUCUACUGCGUGGACAACAUCCUGGUGCGAGUGGCAGACCCGCGCUUCAUCGGCUUCUGCGUUCAGAAGGGAGCGGACUGUGGCGCAAAGGUGGUGGAGAAGACAAACCCGACGGAGCCCGUGGGCGUGGUGUGCCGUGUGGACGGGGUGUACCAGGUGGUGGAGUACAGUGAGAUCUCCCUGGCCACCGCGCAGAAGCGGAGCCCGGACGGACGGCUGCUGUUCAAUGCGGGCAACAUUGCCAACCAUUUCUUCACCGUGCCGUUUCUCAGAGACGUCGUCAGUGUGUACGAGCCUCAGCUGCAGCACCAUGUGGCCCGGAAGAAGAUCCCGUGUGUGGACGCCCAGGGGCGGCCCGUCCAGCCCGACAAGCCAAACGGAGUGAAGAUGGAGAAGUUCGUCUUCGACGUCUUCCGGUUUGCAAAGAAGUUCGUGGUGUACGAGGUGUUACGAGAAGACGAGUUCUCCCCUCUGAAGAACGCGGACAGUCAGAACGGCAAGGACAACCCGACCACGGCCCGGCACGCUCUGCUGUCCCUCCACCACUGCUGGGUGCUCAGUGCCGGGGGCCACUUCGUCGACGAGAACGGCUCCCGCCUGCCUGCCAUUCCCCGCUCUGCCGCGAGCGGACAGCCAGAGGCCGGCACAGCUGAUGUCAAUGACAACCUGAAGGACGCCAACGACGUCCCCACCCAGUGCGAGAUCUCGCCCCUCGUCUCCUACGCGGGAGAAGGGCUGGAGAGGUACGUGGCCAACAGGGAGUUCCACGCACCUCUGAUCAUCGACGAGAACGGGGUCCACGAGCUGGUGAAGAACGGGGUGUGAGCAGACGCCUCGCCCUCCGCCGAACAGCUUUUCUCGUCGAUGGACCCCCGCGAACCACAGGGCCCCUGGGCUUCCCUCUCUCGUCCGACUCCUGUG